AGCACCUGAUUUCAUCAUAGAUACGUGCAAGGGUAGACAAAAAAGAAUACAUUCUUACGGCAGAGCAGAGCAGAGCAGCCGGCCGACCGAGUCGAUCGUCGACGAGAGAUGGUCACCGGCGUCGAGCAGAUGGUGUGCGUGACCGGCGCCGGUGGCUUCAUCGGGUCAUGGCUGGUGAAGGAGCUCCUCCACCGCGGAUACGCCGUGAGGGCAGCCGUGAGAGACCCUGAGGGCAGAAAGAAUGCUCAUUUGCAUGCUCUGGAGAGAGCUAAAAGAAGGUUGUCCCUCCACAGAGCUGAUGUGUUGGACUGCAACAGCCUUCGUGCUGCGUUCAACUUAUGCGAUGGUGUUUUCCACGUGGCAUCACCAGUCUCAGAUGACCCUGAACUUCUGCCAACUGCUAUCGAGGGAACAAAGAAUGUCAUCAAUGCUGCUGCGGACAUGGGCAUCAAGCGUGUGGUGUUUACUUCGUCUUAUGGUGCUGCCCAUAUGAACCCUAACAGGAGAUCAGAUCAGACUCUUGAUGAGACUUGUUGGAGUGACCUUGAGUUCUGCAAACAAACACAGAAUUGGUACUGCUACGCGAAGACGGUGGCCGAGAAGACGGCGACGGAGGAGGCGUCGAAGAGAGGUGUGCAGCUGUUGGUGGUGGUGCCUGCCGUCACCGUGGGGGAGAUGCUGCAGCCGACGCUGAACGCCAGCGUCUACAGGGUGGCCACCUACAUGAGGGGCACCAAGAGUGCGUACCCGAACGCCGUCGCCGCGUACGUCGACGUGCGCGACGUCGCCCGCGCGCACGCGCUGGUGUACGAGCACCCCGACGCGCGUGGCCGCUACCUCUGCAUCGGCAGCGUGCUGCACCGGUCCGAGUUUGUUCGCUUGCUUAGGGAGCUCUUCCCCCAGUACCCUAUCACCACCAGGUGUGAGGACAACAGUAAGCCAAUGGUGAAACCUUACCAAUUCUCUGUACAAAGGCUGGAGGCUUUAGGCAUGCAGUUCACUCCUUUGAAAGAGAGCUUGUACAAGACAGUGAUAAGCUUACAGGACAAGGGUCACCUACCAGCAAUCUCACCUCGUUCAGCCCUGUGAAUCAUGAUUAGAUAUAAACGUAAAAUUUGAAUAAAUUGAUUGUGUAUGCAUUGUGAGAAGGAACGGAGAUGAAUCCUAAUCAUGAGGCAAUGAUUAUCGUUGUGGUUUUUGUAAGGACUUUAAUGCUGUGUUCGUUUUGCUAUGAAUUAGAUGCAUUUCUCUUCUCAA